UUUCUGCCCGUCAAUUGUCCCUCCGCGUCUUGCAUCUUGACUCACUCCAUCCCCCAGCAGUCAACCUCCCCUCAAGACAAUCUCCAGAACCCAUCCACCAUGCCUUCCCUCCAAGAAAGCAAGCUCGCCUUCAUCGGCGGCGGCAACAUGGCCUCCGCCAUCAUCGGCGGCCUCGUCAGCAAGGGCGUCAACAAGCAGAACAUCUGGGUCUCCGAGCCCUGGGACGUCAACCGCGAGAAGAUCGCCGCCACCGGCGUGCAGACCACCACCUCGAACGUCGAAGCCGGCGGCCAGGCCGACCUCGUCAUCAUCGCCGUCAAGCCUCAGGUCACGAAGAGCGUCUGCGAGGAGCUGGCCGCCGCCUGGGCCCAGCGCGACACCCUGCCCGUCGUCGUGAGCAUCGCCGCCGGUAUCACCCUCGGCAGCAUGCAGCAGUGGCUUCGCACGGCGGAUGGACGGACGGCGCAUAUUGUGCGCGUCAUGCCGAAUACCCCUGCGCUGGUGGGAGAGGGUGCCUCGGGCGCGUUCCCGAGUGCUGAUGUCACUGGGGAGGAGAAGGAGUUGGUAAAUGCGCUGCUGAGCAGCGUUAGCAAGGCGACGGAGUGGGUGGAUAAGGAGGAGCUGCUGGAUGUGGUGACGGGCCUGUCUGGAUCGGGCCCCGCGUACUUCUUCGCCAUGGUUGAGCAUCUGGUCGCCAGUGCGACUGCCCUCGGUCUGUCGAAGGAACAAGCCACUCGCCUGGCGUCGCAGACCUGUCUGGGAGCCGGCCGCAUGCUUACCGAGUCGUCGGAUGACCCUACCCAGCUGCGCAAGAACGUCACCAGUCCGAAUGGAACCACGCAUGCCGCUCUGCAGACCUUCGAAGCGCUGGGUUUCCAAGAUACGGUGGACAAGGCUGUUAAGGCGGCUACGGAUCGGGCGGCCGAGCUAGGAAAUACCCUGGGGAAGCUAUAGAGUGAGGUUUUAUUCAUGGGUCUUGAGCAAAUUGUUCACCGGAAUAUACAAAAUUUAAUAGAAUCUGAGUUGUACUCGUG